AGGAGCGCACCCCUCUCCCCCGAGGCUCUCGAUACAACCGCUCUCGCGCUCUAGGGUUUGCGCCGCCGCCGCCUCGAGGACAAUGGGACGCACGGUGGUUUCCGACGACGAAGAGGACGACUUCAUCGAGGCCGAGGAAGAGGACGAGCCGCGGCCGUCACGGAGGGCCAGGGAUGAUGUCGACGAGCAGGACGACGAUGAGGAGGAGGAGGACGACGAUGAAGAUGAGGGACAAAAUGAGUACGAGAAGGAUGGCUUCAUAGUGGAUGAUGCGGAUGAAGACGAGGAGGAGGAGGAAGAGGAGGCAAGAGCUAGUGAUGAUGAAAGACGCAAGAAGAAAAAGAAAAGAAAGAAGAAGAGAGAAACGGAGGAUUUCGAGCUUGAUGAGGAUGACUACAUGUUGCUCCAGGAUAAUAACAUUACCGGCAUCACUCGUCCGAAGCCUCCUGAAAACAAGUUUAAGCGGUUGAAGAAGGCAGGACGGGAAUCUGAAAUGGAUGGGCGUUCUGGCUUCUCUGAUCAUGACGGAGCAGGAAAAAGCCGGACUGCUGAGGAGACAGUUCGUAGCUCCUUGUUUGGUAAUGAAGAACCGUUUGAGGAAGAUUUUGUCGAGGAGGAUCAGCAGGUAGAUGAAGAUGAGGUUGGUGAAGAUGAUAUGGAUGAUGAAAUGGGCGAUUUCAUUGUGGACGAAGAGGAAAUCGAUGUGAAUGGCCAAGUUGUGAAAAGGAAGAAGGUUAAAAGAAAGCCUCUGCGACAAGCUGCAGGUGUAUCAUCAUCUGCGCUACAAGAGGCCCAUGAUAUAUUUGGGGAUGUUGAUGAGCUAUUAGCACUAAGAAAGCAAGAGCUUGAGAGGGAUGCUAUUAAUUCUGGCGAGUUGAGAGGAAACAGGCUUGAAGAUGAGUUUGAACCAUUUAUUCUUGCAGAAAAGUAUAUGACACCAAAGGACGAGCAGAUAAAAGAAACUGAUAUACCUGAGAGGAUCCAGCUGUCUGAAGAGUUAACUGGCCAUCCUAUAGAUGGCGAGGCAAAUAGAGAGGAAGAAAGUGUAUGGAUACACAACCAACUAACGGGGGAUGGGUUUCUGUCCCUUUUUAGCAAUGAGCAAGUGAACAGGGAGAUUGAUCAGAGCGACAUCGUGAAUGUCUUGAACAUGCUACAUACCCACAAAUUUGAAGUUCCAUUCAUUGCAAUGUACAGGAAGGAAAGUUGCCUGAGUCUGUUAAAAGAUAAUGAUUCCAAUGAACAAGCAAAUGAAGAAGAAAAACGUAAAAUGAAGUGGCAUAAGCUGCUUUGGGCUGUUCAGACCUUAGACAGAAAGUGGCUUCUUCUUCAGAAGCGCAAGGUUGCUUUGCAGGUUUACUAUGAGAGAAGAUAUGAAGACGAGAAACGAAGAAUAGACGAUGUUACAAGACAGGCACUUAAUCGACAACUCUAUAACUCUAUCAGUGAGGCACUGAGGGAUGCAAAAUCAGAGAAAGAAGUGGAGGAUGUUGACGCGAAAUUCAAUUUACAUUUCCCUCCUGGCGAAGUUGAAGAAGUAGGUCAAUUUAAGCGGCCAAAAAGGAAAUCCUUGUACAGUAUUUGUCAUAAGGCAGGGUUGUGGGAGGUUGCUAACCAAUUUGGUCGGAGUGCUGAGCAAUUAGGCCAGCAUCUAACUUUAACGAGGAUACCUGAAGCGGGUGAGCUUGACAGUGGAAAAGAUUCUCCUGAAGAUGUUGCUGCAAAUUUCACAUGCGCAAUGUUUGAAACGCCACAAGAUGUUCUUCGGGGUGCUAGACACAUGGCAGCAGUUGAGAUCGGUUGUGAGCCCAUUGUAAAAAAGCAUAUCAGGUUUAUCUUCAUGAAUAAAGCAGUUGUAUCAACAAAGCCCACACCUGAGGGUCAUUUGGUCAUAGAUCCUUACCAUCAAUUAUCAGGUGUGAAGUGGCUGCAUGAGAAACCACUAAACAAGUUUGGAGAUGCUCAGUGGCUUCUUAUUCAGAAAGCAGAGGAAGAAAAACUUCUCAAGGUUACCAUAACAUUGCCAGAGGAUGCAAAGAAAGCGCUCAUGUCUGAAGCUCGUGAGAAUUACUUAAGUGACUGUGUCAGCAAGUCUGCACAAUUGUGGGAUGAGCAACGGAAGAUGAUACUGGAUGAUGCCUUCUUGAAUUUUCUACUUCCAUCAAUGGAAAAGGAAGCUCGAUCACUGUUGACAGCAAAAGCCAAAAGUUUUCUGUCUAUGGAAUAUGGGAAACAGUUCUGGGACAAGGUUUCUGUUGGUCCUUGGAAGAAGAAGGAUGCGGACAAGAAGGAUUCGGACAUUGAUCUGGAUGAUGAAUCAGAGUUACGAGUAAUGGCCUGCUGCUGGGGUCCUGGGAAGCCAGCAACCACAUUUGUAAUGCUAGACUCAUCAGGAGAAUUGGUUGAUGUUCUGUAUGCUGGUUCUAUUAGUCUUAGAUCUCAAGGUGUUGCUGAGCAGCAGCGGAAGAGGAAUGAUCAGCAGAGGGUUCUGAAGUUCAUGACCGACCAUUCGCCACAUGUUGUGUGUGUAGGAGCUUCAAAUUUGAAUUGCAGACAACUCAAGGAUGAUAUUUAUGAGGUUAUUUUCAAAAUGGUGGAAGACCACCCAAGAGAUGUGAACCCACAAAUGGAAAAUUUCAGCAUUGUCUAUGGUGAUGAAUCUGUGCCUCGCUUGUACGAGAACUCUCGAAUAUCUUCAGAUCAGCUGCCUGCCCAGUCAGCUAUCGUGAAGCGUGCUGUGGCGCUUGGUCGGUACUUGCAAAAUCCUUUGGCGAUGGUUGCAACACUCUGUGGACCCGGGAAAGAGAUAUUGUCAUGGAAACUACACCCGCUUGAACAGUUCCUUAGUCCUGAUGAGAAGUAUGAAGUUGUUGAGCAAGUAAUGGUCGAUGCGACAAAUCAGAUUGGUUUUGAUGUUAAUCUUGCUGCUAGCCAUGAGUGGCAUUUUUCCACUUUGCAGUUUGUUGCUGGUCUGGGACCGCGCAAAGCUUCAGCUUUGCAGAAGGAGUUGGUAAGAGAGGGAUCCAUUUUUAGUCGCAAGGAGCUGGUGAAACCCUUAGGCAGGAAAGUAUUCAUGAAUGCGUCUGGGUUUUUACGCGUCCGACGAAGUGGUGCUGCUGCAGCUAGUGCCCAGAUCAUUGAUCUUCUUGAGGAUACAAGGAUCCAUCCUGAAUCAUAUGCGUUGGCGAAGAAUUUGGCCAAGGAUGUCUGUGCUGAGGAUGGACCUGAAGCGAAUGAGAUGGAUGAUGAUGAGCAAGAGAUGGCAAUUGAGCAUGUGAGAGAGAAGCAGGAACAGCUUGAACGUCUUGACAUAGAUGAAUACAGCAGAAGCAUCGGAGAUGAUAAGAGAGAAACAUUGCUUGACAUAAAGUUGGAGCUAAAGUGUGGUUUCUCUGAUCGGAGGACCCCUUAUGCCGAGCCAAGUCCAGAUGAGGAGUUCUGGUUGCUUUCUGGUGAAACUGAGGACAACAUAUCAGAUGGAAGGAUUGUUCAAGUAACUGUUCGGCAUAUACAAGAUAACCGAAUAAUUUGCACCUUUGAUUCUGGAUUGAAAGCCAUAGUUAUGGGAGACAACUAUUCUGAUGAUGGCUUUGAUCUAGAAUCACUGCAGUUACAUGAGGGCGAUGUAUUAACUGGCAAAAUUAAGAAUGUGAACAAAAAUAGGUUCAUAGUUUACCUAACAUGCAAGAGCAGUGAAAUGAAGAGAUGGCCACUCUCGAGAAAUAACCAUGAUCCAUACAAUCGUGAACAAAACAUGGUUCCUACCCAGGAUGAGAAGGCUCGGAAACAGAAGGAAGCAAAGAAACAUUUCAAGCCCCGGAUGAUCGUUCAUCCUCACUUUCAGAAUUUGACGGCGGAAGAGGCAAUGCAGUUCCUGGGGGACAAAGAGCCUGGCGAGAAAGUCAUUCGGCCUAGUUCUAGGGGGCCAUCAUUUCUAACGCUUACCCUGAAGAUAUUUGAUGGUGUCUUUGCACACAAGGAGAUCACUGAAAGUGGGAAGGAUCAUAAAGAUAUUACCAGUUUGCUUCGACUCGGAAAAACACUGACCAUUGGUGAUGAAACUUUCGAAGAUCUUGAUGAGGUAAUAGACAGAUAUGUGGAUCCAUUGGUAGGCCACCUGAAAAGCAUGCUCUCUUAUCGCAAAUUCAGGAAAGGGUUAAAAGGCGAAGUUGAUGAUAUGUUGAGGGCUGAGAAAUCAGAGAAUCCUAUGAGAAUAGUCUAUUGUUUUGGCAUAUCUCAUGAACAUCCAGGCACCUUCAUAUUAUCUUACAUCAGGAGUACAAACCCGCAUCAUGAGUAUGUUGGGUUAUACCCAAAGGGCUUCAGAUUCCGGAAGAAAGAUUUUGACAGCAUUGAUCGCCUUGUGUCAUAUUUUCAAAAACAUAUUGACAAACCACCACCUGAUGCUGGCCCUUCAAUGCGAAAUGUUGCGGCAAUGGUACCUAUGAAAAAUUCAGCUUGGGGUUCUGGUGGCGCGAAUGACGGAAGGAGGGGAGAUGGUGAUAAUGAUAGGGACAGACCUUUUUCUGGAAGAUCAGGAGGCAGGUUUGAUUCAAGGAACAGUUCUGGCGGCCGUGGACGUGGGCGGGGUCGGGGUCGAGGUAACUUUGGCAGUGAUGGUGAUGGUGGCGGUGGUGGAGGAUGGACUGAUAACAUAGGCAGUGGGGGAGGUGCGUGGGGCACUGGCGGAGGAUCUGGAGGCGGGGAUGCUGGAUGGGGUGGUGGGGGCGACAGCAACCGUGGUGGCAGUGGGGAUGGAGGCUGGGGCGCACC